ACAGAUCGAGUACGACAUAGACCAAUCCGUGGGAACGCUGUCCUCGUAUACACCGCCAACAGGCUCACAUGCCCCCGAUCAUCUCUUGCGUGUCGGACUGUCAGACCCCCACAACAGGCACAUGGCGCGGCAUCGUAGCGUCAGCAGCGAGUUUCGCGGAUGAGUACCACAAGAAGUUUGUCAUCCAUGUCGAUGAGAAAGGCGAGCCAUAUUACGUUGGACUUGGAACGAGCGCAAAGCAGGCUGGCGACCAAGUCGAGGUCGAGAUAGUGAAGAGGCAACCAGGUCCGAAGCCGGUGUUGAACAAACCAAUUGUGUUGAACGCGGAAGGCAAGAUUGACUCGAAAGAGCCAGAAAAGAGCUUCUUGCAGAAAUACUGGUGGGCGAUAGCAUUAUUCUUGGUGGUUCAGCUGGUCGCAGGUGGAGGAGACGGAAAAUAACUACAUUCGUGCCAGUACGCAAUAUAUCACCGUGAGCGACGA